CUGGUCGGCGUGUGCCGUGGGGACUGGGGAGCAAGCAGAACUGCGGAAGGAACAGAGACACCACGAGUUGGGUUGGACUUGGAUCCAUAUACCAUAUGUCUCGGCCCAGUUUUCCUUGUUCUGGCUCAGAUAUGUGGCUGUGCCGCUGUGUGUUAGUUUUCGCCCAAACUAAAAGGGAAAUUAAACAUCCAUUUUCUUAGUGGCCUGUUCUCCAGUCCCCCCGGCGGCGGCGUGCUCUCUCGCGUGCACCCGGCACACUCCCUCGUUUCUGCCGUGCUCGUCGCGUGCACUCCCGUCUGUCUCUGUGGGGGUCGGCGACGAUUGGCAGCCUCCAUACGCCAGGUGCCCAAAUCUCUACCUUCGGUACCUUCGCCGGCGACGAGCAUCACCAGGUUUCCUGUUGAUCAUGGCACAGCGUGUGAUGUGCUUGCUUCGGCGCUCCAUAGGGUUUACAGUGCCACCAGCACAGAGAGCCCUGAGUACAACUGCCACACCAGCAGCGGAGGGUGCAGCGGUGGCCGAGGCGACGGCGAAGGAGGCAAAGAAGAGGAAGAAGAAAAAUCUGUUCGACGUGGUGCAGUUCCUGCCAGGGUGGGGCGUCGGAUACAAGGUCGCCAAGACGACCUGGCGCGAUGUCUCCUACCAGAUCACCAAGAUCAACCUGUACAAGGAUGGUCGGCAUGGAAAGGCAUGGGGGUUUCGGUACAAGGCAGGUGUGCAAGCUGCAGACGCCCCAACUAGGAUCAGCGGGGUUAACAAGCGUGGGUGGAAGUACAUAAAAGAAUCACAGAAGAAACUACACGAUGCCCCCAAAGUAGACGUAGCGAUUGCUGGCUAGUUGCAUGUUGUAAGAUGAUUCUUGGUUCCUUCAUUAGCUAAAUCUUUAGAUGGCUGUUGCCAGAUGAACAGAGAUGAGAGAUCCACUUUUGGAUCGAGACAAUGGUUCCAUCCAUUUUGCUUGUGUGGACUGAACCUCCAUGCAAUAUGUCCCUUUCUUUUAUUUCUGGAACCUUUACCAUAAUGUACUAAUACAAAAGAACUGUGUUGAUGGUGGCAAUCUAGUUAAGCUUUGUUUGAUUCAA